AUGCACAUCGUCCUGGAUCUUCUCCUGCUCCUCCUCGUCAUUGUCUAUGCCUACAUAGAGUCAGUGGUGAAGUUUUUCAUUCCCAAGAGAAGAAAAUCUGUGGCUGGGGACACGGUUCUCAUUACCGGAGCUGGACAUGGGAUAGGCCGGCUGACUGCUUAUGAAUUUGCAAAACGGAAAAGCAGACUGGUUCUGUGGGAUAUUAAUAAGAGUGGUGUUGAGGAAACUGCAGCUGAAUGCUGCAAAUUAGGGGCCACAGUGCAUGCGUACGUGGUCGACUGCAGUAACAGGGAGGAGAUUUACAGCUCCGUGGAUCAGGUAAAGAAAGAAGUGGGUGAUGUGACCAUCCUGGUAAAUAACGCUGGAGCCAUAUAUCCCGCUGAUCUUCUUAGUACCAAAGAUGAAGAGAUUACCAGAACAUUUGAGGUCAACAUCUUAGGCCAUUUUUGGAUCGCAAAAGCACUUCUUCCAUCAAUGAUGAGAAAAAACUAUGGCCACAUUGUCACAGUGGCUUCAGUGUGUGGCCAUGGAGUGAUUCCUUACCUCAUCCCAUAUUGUUCAAGCAAGUUUGCUGCUGUUGGUUUCCACAGAGCUCUGACAGCAGAACUUGAAGCCAUGGGGAAAACUGGCAUCAAAACCUCAUGUCUCUGCCCAGUUUUUGUGAACACUGGGUUCACCAAAAACCCAAGCACAAGAUUAUGGCCUGUAUUAGAGACAGAUGAAGUAGCAAGAAGUCUGAUAGAUGGAAUACUUACCAACAAGAAAAUGAUUUUUGUUCCAUCCUAUGCCAGUAUUUCUUUCAUACUGGAGAAGUUGCUUCCUGAGCGUGCCUUGGCAGCUAUAAGUCGUAUUCAGAAUAUUCAAUUUGAAGCACUUGUUGGCCAGAAAAUCAAAAAGAAAUGA